UUACACGCGAGGCCCUGAAUCGAGUAUUGUCAGCCCUCGCCGUACGUUCGCUCACUCUGUGUCAAAAUGGCUGACGAAAAGGUGAAGGGAGUUCAGCGAAGAGGAGCUUUAAGGCAGAAAAAUGUGCACGAAGUGAAGGAUCACAAAUUCGUUCCGAGAUUCUUUAAACAACCUACGUUUUGUAGCCACUGUAAAGAUUUUAUAUGGGGAUUUGGGAAGCAAGGAUUUCAGUGCAAAGUGUGCAGUUUUGUUGUCCACAAGCGGUGUCAUGAGUUUGUCUCGUUUACUUGUCCUGGAGCGGAUGUGGGUCCAGAUUCAGAUUCCACAAAUUCGCACAAGUUCAAACUGCAUACCUAUGGCAGUCCAACUUUCUGCGACCACUGUGGAUCUCUGCUCUACGGUCUUAUACACCAGGGACUCAAGUGUGAUGCAUGUGAUAUGAAUGUCCAUAAAAGAUGUGAAAAGAAUGUGCCAAAGCUCUGCGGUAUGGACCAUACGGAGAGGAGAGGUCGUAUUUACAUCAAGGUUCACAUGGACGGCCAGAAGAUGGUUGCCCAUGUGAGAGAAGCAAGGAACUUAAUACCUAUGGACCCAAAUGGCCUAGCCGAUCCAUACGUUAAGGUGAAAGUGAUUCCAGUCGAGUCCUCAAAAGGGAACAAGCAGAAGACCAAAACACAGAAGGCAACACUCAACCCUGUUUGGAAUGAGUCUUUUAACAUUGAGAUGCUUCCGGAGGAUCAUUCCAAGCGGUUGUCAUUUGAAAUUUGGGACUGGGACAGGACUUCAAGAAAUGAUUUUAUGGGGUCUUUGUCCUUUGGUAUUUCUGAGCUGAUGAAAGAGCCGAUUGACGGCUGGUACAAGUUACUGAGUCAAGAAGAGGGAGAAUUCUACGGCAUUCCUGUCACGGACGACGUUGUUAACGACAUGCUUGAGAUAAACAAAAAGAUGGAGAAACCUAUGUUAGAAAAAGAUGUGUCACCCCAUGUGGAUAUUUCCAAAAACAUGAGCAAGCAUGACACUGUACGCCAGACAGACUUCAACUUUCUUACUGUACUAGGGAAGGGCAGUUUUGGCAAGGUAGUUUUAGCAGAGAGGAAAGGAACAGAUGAACUAUAUGCCAUAAAAAUUUUGAAGAAAGAUGUCAUCAUUCAAGACGAUGAUGUUGAAUGUACAAUGAUAGAAAAAAGAGUCCUCGCACUUCCAAAUAAACCGCCAUUCCUUGUACAACUACACUCCUGUUUCCAAACUAUGGACCGUCUCUAUUUUGUGAUGGAGUACGUGAAUGGUGGAGACUUAAUGUAUAGAAUUCAACAAGAAGGAAAAUUCAAGGAACCCAUUGCAGUGUUCUAUGCAGCAGAAAUUGCUAUCGGACUCUUCUACUUACACAAGCAAGGAAUAAUUUACAGGGAUCUUAAGCUAGACAAUGUCAUGUUAGAUGCAGAUGGACACAUAAAAAUAGCAGAUUUUGGAAUGUGCAAAGAAAACAUAUUGGGAGACAAAAGCACUCGAACAUUUUGUGGAACACCUGAUUAUAUUGCUCCAGAAAUAGUUUUAUAUCAGCCAUAUGGCAAAUCUGUGGACUGGUGGGCCUAUGGAGUGCUACUGUAUGAAAUGCUAGCAGGGCAGCCUCCAUUUGAUGGUGAAGAUGAGGAAGAACUCUUCACUUCAAUCACAGAUCACAAUGUAUCCUACCCAAAGUCAAUGUCCAAGGAGGCUGUGUCCCUCUGUAAGGCACUUUUGACAAAGAACCCCUCUAAGCGUCUUGGCUGUGGGCCCAAUGGUGAAAGGGACAUCCAGGACCACUCCUUCUUCAAGAGAGUCGUCUGGGACAAGAUCCAGAGUCGAAAUGUACAGCCACCCUACAAGCCAAAGAUUCACAAUCCCAGGCAAGCGGAGCACUUCGACAAGUCAUUCACGAGCGCAAAACUGAAAAUGACGCCAACGGAUAGUGUAGUUAUCAUGAAUAUUGAUGAAAAACUUUUCAAGGAAUUUUCUUUUGUCAACCCAACUUUUACUCACCUAUGUUAAAUAGAAUUUUUGCUAUCAUCAUAUCAGUUCUCUCAUCACUGUUGGGCUGUGUACAUGAUAUGUUUAAACAUUGGCCUGUGUAUACUGACAGCCUGAGUUCAGCAACUCUGUGUGUACAGUGACCUCUGUAUACAGACAACCUGUGUAUAGUGAUCUUUUGUGUAUACUGACAUCCUGUACAGUUGUCUGUGUAUACUGAUAUACUAUACACAGUGACACAAGUGUAUAUUGACAAUCUGUAUUUAGUGACCUCUGCAUACAAAACUGUGUAUAGCGACCCUCCGUAUAUACUGUCAUUAUACUGUGAACAGUGACCUCUGUAUACUGACAGCCUGUACAGAGUGACCUGUAUAUUUACAUGUGUAAAGCAUGUUUACACAGACCUGUCUAUAUGGACAUGUAAAGCAUGUGUACACUGACACCUGUCUAUACUGACAUGUAAAGUAUGUGUACACUGACCUCUGUCUAUACUGAUAACCUGCGUACACUGACCUGUAUAUAUACUGACAGCAUAUACUGUGACAUCUAUGUAUACUGCCAAUCUGUGUAUGUCGACAGUUUGAACACUAUCUUGUGGCUAAGUUGUUGUAUACAUUUGCUCUAAUGUUAUACACCAAAUUUACCAAAAAAAGUAGCUUGGUUACAAUACCAAGCUGAUGUAUGUUAACUAAACUGAUUCCAAAUCUUCUUAACUAAUGCUAAAUCUUCACCAAUUCGUCAUAGCAUACAGUCAGAAUGUUUGCGGCUAUACAACUGAAAGACAUGACAAUAUUCUUUUCAUAUUGUUUAAAUGUUAGUUUGUAACUUGGUAAGACAAUCUGCCAAAUGUUCAUCCCGAAUUCAGCAUCUCAGCCAGUGACUGGAUAUCACACUGGUGACAUCUUCUGAUUAUUUUUUACAUUCAAAGGAAUCCCAGUUGGUUCAGGAAUUGCAAGAUAGGAGUGCAUGCAACUUUCAAAUUUUGAUGUACAAUUUUAGGUACAUAUAUAAAUAGAAAUACAUGUCAUUGGAAAAGGACAAUUUAUUUUAAAACACAUUUAAGAGUUAUUUCCACUUCAGGGAACCAAUUGUUGGCUGAAGUCUGUUAUAGUAGUAGUACUAACUAAUGGUAUAAUGCUGACAGGACAACAUCUACUGUAAUUCUAUAGUAGUAGUACUAACUAAUGGUAUAAUGCUGACAGGACAACAUCUACUGUAAUUCUAUAGUAGUAGUACUAACUAAUGGUAUAAUGCUGACAGGACAACAUCUACUGUAAUUCUAUAGUAGUAGUACUAACUAAUGGUAUAAUGCUGACAGGACAACAUCUACUGUAAUUCUAUAGUAGUAGUACUAACUAAUGGUAUAAUGCUGACAGGACAACAUCUACUGUAAUUCUAUAGUAGUAGUACUAACUAAUGGUAUAAUGCUGACAGGACAACAUCUACUGUAAUUCUAUAGUAGUAGUACUAACUAAUGGUAUAAUGCUGACAGGACAACAUCUACUGUAAUUCUAUAGUAGUACUAACUAAUGGUAUAAUGCUGACAGGACAACAUCUACUGUAAUUCUAUAGUAGUAGUACUAACUAAUGGUAUAAUGCUGACAGGACAACAUCUACUGUAAUUCUAUAGUAGUAGUACUAACUAAUGGUAUAAUGCUGACAGGACAACAUCUACUGUAAUUCUAUAGUAGUAGUACUAACUAAUGGUAUAAUGCUGACAGGACAACAUCUACUGUAAUUCUAUAGUAGUAGUACUAACUAAUGGUAUAAUGCUGACAGGACAACAUCUACUGUAAUUCUAUAGUAGUAGUACUAACUAAUGGUAUAAUGCUGACAGGACAACAUCUACUGUAAUUCUAUAGUAGUAGUACUAACUAAUGGUAUAAUGCUGACAGGACAACAUCUACUGUAAUUCUAUAGUAGUACUAACUAAUGGUAUAAUGCUGACAGGACAACAUCUACUGUAAUUCUAUAGUAGUAGUACUAACUAAUGGUAUAAUGCUGACAGGACAACAUCUACUGUAAUUCUAUAGUAGUAGUACUAACUAAUGGUAUAAUGCUGACAGGACAACAUCUACUGUAAUUCUAUAGUAGUAGUACUAACUAAUGGUAUAAUGCUGACAGGACAACAUCUACUGUAAUUCUAUAGUAGUAGUACUAACUAAUGGUAUAAUGCUGACAGGACAACAUCUACUGUAAUUCUAUAGUAGUAGUACUAACUAAUGGUAUAAUGCUGACAGGACAACAUCUACUGUAAUUCUAUAGUAGUAGUACUAACUAAUGGUAUAAUGCUGACAGGACAACAUCUACUGUAAUUCUAUAGUAGUAGUACUAACUAAUGGUAUAAUGCUGACAGGACAACAUCUACUGUAAUUCUAUAGUAGUACUAACUAAUGGUAUAAUGCUGACAGGACAACAUCUACUGUAAUUCUAUAGUAGUAGUACUAACUAAUGGUAUAAUGCUGACAGGACAACAUCUACUGUAAUUCUAUAGUAGUAGUACUAACUAAUGGUAUAAUGCUGACAGGACAACAUCUACUGUAAUUCUAUAGUAGUAGUACUAACUAAUGGUAUAAUGCUGACAGGACAACAUCUACUGUAAUUCUAUAGUAGUAGUACUAACUAAUGGUAUAAUGCUGACAGGACAACAUCUACUGUAAUUCUAUAGUAGUACUAACUAAUGGUAUAAUGCUGACAGGACAACAUCUACUGUAAUUCUAUAGUAGUAGUACUAACUAAUGGUAUAAUGCUGACAGGACAACAUCUACUGUAAUUCUAUAGUAGUAGUACUAACUAAUGGUAUAAUGCUGACAGGACAACAUCUACUGUAAUUCUAUAGUAGUAGUACUAACUAAUGGUAUAAUGCUGACAGGACAACAUCUACUGUAAUUCUAUAGUAGUAGUACUAACUAAUGGUAUAAUGCUGACAGGACAACAUCUACUGUAAUUCUAUAGUAGUAGUACUAACUAAUGGUAUAAUGCUGACAGGACAACAUCUACUGUAUUUCUAUGGAAAACCAAAUAUAAUCGGUGUGGAAAGAAAGAUGAACGCUCUUCUUUGGUAAAGGACAUUUUUCUUGAUGCCUAGGAUUACACAUUUUGAGAAAUACCUAUUUACUUUCGGAAGGAGAGUGAAUUUGGAAAAGAAAAUUAGGUAUCAAAACUAAUCAGAACUAGCGUGUAAAAUUCAUGUUAUAUUUGCGUUGAAAUUAUUUUCACUGAUUCUUUAUGGAAUAGAUUAAUUAACUACACGUCAACAAGAAAUCUUUCCAUAAGGACUGGUGUUGAGGUGUUUGACUCUGCAUUGGGUUUCAGCCAUUUUAACACGAAAGCCAUCCUAUCCCAUUCCAACUUUCAAUUGAAUACUCACACCUUCAAACAUGCAAGACUAUCUGUAAUCCUCCCCAGAUCACUCUGUCUGCUUUUUUUCUACAAGAGCUUGAACACUUUUGUGGACACAUUAAUCAGUGCAUGAGUACCAAAACUUGGUCACGGAAGCACAUCUCAUUAUACAGAGUGUAUUAAGACAUCAAGCCUGUCUAUUUAAAAUAUCAUAAAGGACAUUUAUUUGUCAUUCGUUAUUUUCCUAGACAAAUCUUUAAUGUCAGUUGAUCUAGAAUCUCCUAUCGAGUUUAAACAAAUUAGUAUGAAUGGUUUUCAAAUGCAAAGUUUGUUAUAUUUUGAUUUUGAGGUCAUCUUGUAUGUCUUAACAGCAGCAUGAAAAAAUGAAUGUCUGCUAAUACCUUGAGGUCAUCGGUUUACGUGGUCACAGAAGCAUGACAUCAUUACAAUUUGUGCAAUAUCAAUUAAAUAUGACAUCACUGAAACAUGUACAAAUAACAUAAAGGACAAAUAUAUCUAAAACCUUUUAAUUGUAGCUGACGUUCUGACUGCAUGUUCUGUGUAGGGUGAAAAGAUUUUUUUAAGUUGUUUAUUCUUUAAAUACAACUUGAUAUGGAUUUGAUUGUGAAAUAUCUGUUGAAUUGUUUUGUUUUAUGAUGUACACUUUUAUGUUUUUUGAGUGUUUUUAUUUUUGUGAUGUAUCUAUUGUUGAGUUUUUAUUGUUUAUUUAAGUGUAAAUUACUGAAGUCAAAACAGAAUCAGAAAUCAAGAUUACAAUGUGAUACAUGUACCUGUUUAAGUAAUUUUAGGUAAAAAAACUACACAUUUUUGAAAUUUUCAAAGAUAAAGGAUUGUUAUGUGAAGUGUCUUUCCAGAAGUAAAAUUGUUCAAAAUCUUAGUUUAUAAAUAGAUUAAUUUUUAUCUGAAAAGAUAAAAGUAAGUAGACCAGCUACCAUUUCAAUCUUGUUUAAUACAAUACAACAUUGUGUUAUUGCGUGCUGUUUGCAAUAUGUUUUCUGAAAGUUAAUGAUACUGAUUGUUGUAAAACAUCAAAAUACAUGAAAAUGUAUGCUCAUAUUCUAUAUCUACAUGACUGUAUUGUCAAUUCUAUCAGUUUAAGAUUUGUGAUUGUAAAUGCUUCCCAGGGAAUUGAACAGUUAGUAUAAUCUUGCUGAUGGAAUCGCUGAUGAAAUAAAAGUAUUUGGGAAGCUUUGUGUGAUUAUUGCAUAAAUUUCCAGACAUUCAGUGAUUCUGAGAAUGAUACAUUAAUGUGUAUCUGUGUGAUAGUUUAAGGUGAAGCAUUUAUUUCUGAUUUUGAUGUACUUUUUUUCCCUAUCAUUGACAUUUUUUUUCUAUUUUAUACAGUGGUAUUUUACUCAGAGAUAAGAAAACAUUUUUCUACGCAUUUUCCAUUAUGUCUUUGUUUAAGAUGUUUUAUGGAAUUGAACUUUCAUACCUAUGUAUUUAUCUGUAGGGCUACAACAGCUGUCGAGGAAAUGAAUUUUUCUGUGGCAUAUUUUGGGGAACUCUAGAAGUGAAUACUGCUUAUUUUAGCUGAAGAUGACCAUGAAAUAUUUAUAGAUGUAUCUACAAUUUGUUUAAAAAAAUAUGUCAUGAAAUUACUGCAUUUACACAUAUUGUGUGCCAAUUAAUACUGUAUCCAUGACCUAGAGAUGGUCUUCAUUUUUAGACAUGAUAUUACUGCAUUUGAUAUUAGAUAACCAAAUAUUCUUCUGUAAAAAUAUCACAAAUUGCUCUCUUAAGCUUGCAACAAGAUUUCUGCUGUAGUAAUUACAAAUCCUGAUUUCUGACACCUACACAGAAUGUUUUUAUUUCUGCAUGUCCAUUGCCUGUCCUCCUGGAUGCUUUGCACCUGUCUGUCCCUGGCUCUCCAUGGCCUGAGGUUUGCAUGCUACUUUUAGUAUAGUUCUGUUCCAGAGAGACUUCUAGGGACCAACUCAAAGUGAAGAAAUUAAGUUUUUAAUGCAUGGCUACAUCACAGCACAGAUGAAUUUUGACAGGAUUGUGAGGAAGAAUUUCCUUACAUGUGUGUGUAUCUUCAGUUUAAAAAAACUUUUAACAAAUCCAUAAGACUUAAAAAAAUAUGUAUAUAUAUAAACUUCGGAUAAGGACUGACCACAAAAGUUUCUUAUUUAUUAUUACUUCAAAAAUUACUCAGAAGAUUCUCGUUUUGUAUUAUACUAAUGUAUUAGUGUAUAUUGUAGUGAAAAUGUAGUUGUCAUACUUAACCCUCAAAACAGCAACAUAUCCAUUUACAGUCUUCAUAGCAUUCAUACAAUAUCUAAGGAUAUAUUACCUACAAGUGCCAUAUUUAGAAUGAUCAUGGUAAGAUAAAAUUAUUACGUGAAUAUUAGCUUCACAGCUUCUACAAAAUAAAUGACGUUGACCUGGAAUAUUCCUAAUUAUCAGUGCCUAUAAGGGAUGGGCGUAUCUAAUUAUCAGUGCCUAUAAGGGAUGGGCGUAUCUAAUUAUCAGUGCCUAUAAGGGAUGGGCGUAUCUAAUUAUCAGUGCCUAUAAGGGAUGGGCGUAUCUAAUUAUCAGUGCCUAUAAGGGAUGGACGUAUCUAAUUAUCAGUGCCUUUAAGGGAUGGGCGUAUCUAAUUAUCAGUGCCUAUAAGGGAUGGGCGUAUCUAAUUAUCAGUGCCUAUAAGGGAUGGACGUAUCUAAUUAUCAGUGCCUAUAAGGGAUGGGCGUAUCUAAUUACCAGUGCCUAUAAGGGAUGGGCGUAUCUAAUUACCAGUGCCUAUAAGGGAUGGGCGUAUCUAAUUAUCAGUGCCUAUAAGGGAUGGGCGUAUCUAAUUAUCAGUGCCUAUAAGGGAUGGGCGUAUCUAAUUAUCAGUGCCUAUAAGGGAUGGGCGUAUCUAAUUAUCAGUGCCUAUAAGGGAUGGGCGUAUUGAAGGAUACAGCAUCUUUACUAUAAUCUGCUGAUAGGAAUGAGUUGGUUUGUUAUCAGGCUGGACUUAUCAUCCGAUAUAUAUGGUAAAAAUGAGGCAGCCAUGACAGGGGCUAAUUUUGAAUCUCACAUAGUAGAAAGGGCCAUGACCUUAAAUCCUUAGGCAGAAGGGCCAUGACAUUGGUGGCCAUGACAUUGGUGGCCAUCACUAAAGCUAGGUGGUCAUCACUAAAGCUAGGUGGCCAUCACUAAAGCUAUAGGUAGCCAUCACUUAAGCUAGGUGGCCAUGACUUAGAGAGGCAAAAGUAACAAUGAUAAAUGGGCUCUAAUCUAAAAAAAAAAGAAGAGAGAGAGAGAGACUUAGCCUUAAUGGCUAAGACAGAGGGGCCAUAACAUCUGUAGUCUUCAUAAGAUAGAGACCGCCAUUACUAAAAUUGUUACAAUAGAAGAGCCAUGACCUCUGCAGUCUUUGUACAAGAUGAACAUAGGCAAGAAUCAUUGGCAGGAUAAGGCCUGAGAACUACUUAGAUAAGCGAUAUAGCCGGUUAGAGAGACAUUAUUCAAUGGAAUAGAAAUCACAUGUUACCUUAAUGACCUGUUCAGUUUCUGUCUGCUUUCCCUAGACAGAUAUUGUACUGGAAUGGCAGCCUGUGAAUCCGUAUAAUUACUGACUCUGUAAUGUGUGAGAGAAGUGAUGGCCCCUCAGGGACUCAGUAAUCUGCUUUAUGUUAGGGGCUCAACAGCUCCCUUUGCUCCACAUAUGGAUGAGCUUACCCCACAUACAGAAGACGUAAUGACAGUGAUACAGUCCCAAAGCCUAUUCCUGGAAGAUUUGUUUAUGGGGAAACUUAAUCAUAGGUGUAGUUUCUUUGGUAAUGUCAAGAUGAAAGGCAAUCUUACUGAUACUUCUCCAAGAUUUAGGAUGUAUAGAGAUAAUUUUGUUUAUCGGGAUGGACACAUCCCCACAGUGACAGCAGUGUCAGCUGGCAAGGAAAGUGAGUUUAGAGAUCACAUAUCAGGUUGGACUACAUCACCCACACAGUAUUCUUUGUGCUGAGAAAUAAAUGAUGAUUUAUGGGAUAGGCAGCGACAUGGUGCUGAGAGUUUCAUGAUAUAUAGACAAAAUGGAAAGUUUACCAUAUAUCUUGUAUUUCCUUAAUCAUUCCUGCUAUAUUUGACAACCCUAGAGAUAUUACAAGUCAUUGUGGCAAUAUGUUGGAAGAUGUACAUUAUAGAUCAGAUUUUGAUGUAGGUCAAGCCAGCAAAUUAAUUUAGCUCCCCUUAACUCUCCAAACUAAUAGCAUAUAAACAGAAUUACUCAGAGGUUCACGAUGCUAUAUAAGUUACUUCCAUAAAGAUUCCUCCCAGCAUUAAUUCCUUGUUAGAUAUGAUUUUAAUUCAUUUGUUGGAUCCCUACACUAAUAGAAAGCUUUAUAUAAAUGUUCAAUGUGUAUCUAUUUUGUGAAUCAUUCCAUCACGAUUGGUCUGAACAGUGAAUGGAACAGCAAGCCACAUCUUGGUUAGUGUGAACAAGGGUGGAACAAUAGAAAAAGGAACUGCUAGGGUGAAACAAGGGUGGAACAAUAGAAAAAAAACUGCCAAGGUGAAACAAGGGUGGAACAAUAGAAAAAGGAACUGCCAAGGUGAAACAAGGGUGGAACAAUAGAAAAAGGAACUGCCAAGGUGAAACAAGGGUGGAACAAUAGAAAAAGGAACUGCCAAGGUGAAACAAGGGUGGAACAAUAGAAAGAGGAACUGCCAGGGUGAAACAAGGGUAGAACAAUAGAAAGAGAAACUGCCAGGGUGAAACAAGGGAAGAACAAUAGAAACAGAAACUGCCAGCUAGGGUAAAACCCUAAAAAAUCCAUGACCCAGGCAAUAUUGGUGAACAUGGGUGAAAAGCAGAAAAUGGAACAGAAAGCAUUGUAUUAGUGUAUAUAAGGGUGGAACAAUAGAAAAAGGAACAGUCAAGGUAGAACCCUUUAACUUGGACAGCUAAUAUCUGUCAGUGUACACGGUGGGAAAUAGCCAAUAUCUGUCAGUGUACACUGGAAAAUAGCCAAAUAUCUAUUAGUGUACAUAGGGGUGAAAAGGUGGAAAAUAGCCAAAUAUCUGUUAGUGUUCACAGGGGUGAAUAGGUGGAAAAUAGCCAAAUAUCUGUUAGUGUACACAGUGGAAAAUAGCCAAUAUCUGUCAGUGUACACAGUGGAAAAUAGCCAAAUAUCUAUUAGUGUACAUAGGGGUGAAAAGGUGGAAAAUAGCCAAAUAUCUGUUAGUUUUCACAGGGGUGAAAAGGUGGAAAAUAGACAAAUUUCUGUUAGUGUUCACAGAGGUGAAAAGGUGAGUUGUUAGUGUUCACAGGGGUGAAAAGGUGGGAAAUAGCCAAUAUUACUCAAUAUACACAUGGAUGUGUAGGUUGGAGCCUGGAACCGAUGGAACAGACACUGUAGUGUAGUUGAUGUCCAUAAGGUUGGUCUAAUGGAAACACGGGAUAGUUAAUGUACACAGGGUGGAACAGUGGAAUAUGGAAUAGCACAUUUAGUGAGUGUUAACAUGGAUAGUUGGCAAUCUUAUAUGGUGGAGAAUGAAAAUAUCACAUAACAAAGGGGUAUCAUAUAACUGGUAUGACUUAUCAACUGAAUACAAUGUCACAGCUACACACAGUUACAACACUAAACACAGAAUAGCCCAAAAAUCAAGUGUAAAUAAUCAUUAUAUACUAAAACACAUACUCAGAGGCAGCUUUAGUGACCUGUCUGGUAGAUUCUGACACUGCCAAGAAUUAACUCGGCCCCACCCCCUCCCAAUUAUACACUUCCUGAUAUGUAGAGUAGGUAUACAUGUACAUACUUAAUAUGCAAAUAAGAAUUAUGUGAAUUGAAGGUGUGAGAUAAGAUGUGAGAUUGUUUUUGUACCACAUGUGAUUUUAUUCCAAGUGAUCAGUACCUGUGAUGUGUAUAUAGUCUAUACCCUUAUAUGGGUCAAUUUGGUGGAAGUCAGUUGGCUCGAUCCUCUUGUCCAAUGCUCAAAUUAUCAUAAAUGUAUAUGUCUUAAUAUGGUGACAGUACAUGUCCUAUUAUGGUGAUAGUAAUUUGAAGUGCAUGUAAAUGGAGAAUUUUGAACAAAUAAUAUGUUUUAUGUAAUGCUUUGUAACAGAGACACUGUGACCUAUUUUAGGUAUGUGUAGGUCAAUGUCUGUACUGGUGCUAUAUCAGUGUCCAAAUCAUACAGAAUUAUGUUUUUAUAAACUACCAAAGUUUUCAGAAUGUCCAAUCUUCAUGGUGUUGUGCACCUUGUUAUGAAUUUUCAUUAAGUAAUUAUUCAGGAAAUUCCUUAUGUAGGAUUUUCCAGAGGCAGGCAUUAAAUUCCUGAAGAUUUGUGUUUACUCCCAUUGUUAUCAUUAUCAUUAUUACUAAAAAAAAUAUAUAGAAAUUUUGUUUAGAAAUUUCUUUAAGUAAGGAUAUGGUGGUGUUUAAGACAGCUUUGUAUUGGAUGUCUGUCUGACAGGUAAUGUGGAUAAUAGGUUUCAUGAAAGUUUAUUCUUAUAUCAUAAAAAAAAUAGCAUUGAGAAAGUGUUAGCAGUGGCUUUUUAUUUAUUGCUUAAAUUUCUAUUUAAUAUAUUCCCCCACCAACACCAGGAGAUUGUAAUCUGUAUAUCAAAGUUGAUAAAGUUGGUGAAAUUAACUUGAUUUUAGAUAGAAAAUAGCAACACAAACAGAAUAUGAUACCGUCAGUGAUAUCAGUGUUUUCUUAGUUACUAACAAACUUUUACAUGUCUUAGUAACAACUUAAGGAUUUCCCUUUACCAAGAAACAUGUAUUAUAAAUAUAUACACCAGUUUGCUAUUGCAUGUAAAGAACGUUUGCGCUUUUGCCUUUGAGACCAGAUUAAUAACCUGUGACCAAACUUCCUGUAGAUCGGUUAGCCUUUAGAACAGCUGCAUUGUGUUUCUCUGCUGUAUAUAUGUAUAUUUUAAAUGACCUAUAAACUUUCAAAAAAUAUUUUAAGAAAAAAAAAAAACAAAUAAAAAACUAAACAUGGUUUUAUAACAUAUUUUGUUUUUGCUUAGAAAGCUACUUUAUAAAAUCUAUCCAGGAAUAUAAAAAGGCUAACUUCUGGAAAACGAUCCCACCAACAUUUUGUAUGUGUCUGUUAUGGAGUUUGGACUAGAAUAUUGUUGAAGGCCUGAUAUCAAUCUUAAAACUGAUGAAUACAAUUAAUUCUAACUUCGGUACUCAUGAAUACAAUUAAUUCUAACUUCGGUAGAGCUGUGAUAAUAAUAAAAUUCAAUAUAUUAAAAGCACUGUACAUUACAGUUUAACAAAUUACUGAACAAAUGACUGUACAAUUUAGAUUUGUUAUUUUUGAAUAAAUGUAAUACACAGUGCACAUAGAAUAGCAUUUUGAUCAAGAAAAUAUAUUUAUAUGUGCAUACACAUAAAUACCCGGAUACCUGAUGUCUAGAUGAUUUGGGAAAACUGACAAAGAGUUACCUCCCUUAUUCAAGUGAUGCUAAUUAAUACUUGUCUCGCCACAAUGAUAAAUGAACAAAAUAUUGUUUUGUGCCUUGAACUUUUGAUGAGAAACUAUUUAUAUUUUCAUACAAAAUAUUUAAGUAGAUUUCCCAUUUUUAUAUGGUUGAUUUUUUCUAGAUUUAUAAUAUUAAGAAACAUUCAUUAUAAGGACAUCUAAUAUUCUCUAUUGGAUUUUUAGAUUGUGUGUGUCUCCAGCAGUGUUGAAUUUGGUCUUGUUACCAUAGAAACAAUGUGUUGUUACCAUGGUCCUGUUACCAUAGAAACAAUGUGUUGUUACCAUGGUCCUGUUACCAUAGAAACAAUGUGUUGUAACAAAGUAAGGCAAAAAUGGAUUAUGCCCCAGAUGAAAUACUACAUAAAUGAUCAAAGUGUUGCAAUUACCAUAAUAAAUAAUAUCCAAGGACAGUGACAAUGUAUCAAAAGGUCACAUGUUCCUUUUUGCCUAACCAUCUUAAUUGCAUGGUCACCUUUUUGAGUUUAGUAUUCCCUGUCUUGAAUUUUACAACUACAGCAUCCAAUUUUGUGUCUUGAAUUCAUAUAUUUUUUCUUUUAAUCAAAUCUUUGAAUAUUUUUAUAACUUGAUAUCUUACCAAAUUUAAUGGGUCAUUUGAUAGCAAAAUUGAAGUGAAGGUACAGCUGUAAAUGCCCCAAGCAGGAGACAGGAUGAUAGUGAGUUGAUUUCUUGGUGUAGAAUUUACAUACCAUUGGUGUCUUAUCUGACAUUCUUGUGUGAUGGUGGACUGGACUGUAGGAUCUGGUCCUAUGGUUUUUACUCUGUAUUGGAGACUGGGAAGGGUCGUUAUUGAAGAACAUGAUGUCAAGCCAAAUACUACAAUAUAUACUGUCCUAUUUUCUCCACAUUACCAAUAUUAACACUGAAUAAAAUAUAUAUUAUCAUAAAGUG